CAGCAGCAGGACUCUUCAUGUGGCAAGGGCACCUAGAGGUGGGAGGGCAGGAGCGCCAUCUUGCCCUGGCAGAAAAAGGGGUAGGCUCUGUCUGCAUAGCAGCUGGUCCCCAGUCCUAGGAAAGAAGCUGUCUGUCUUUUGCCAUGGCACGUGUGAUAUGCCCGGGACAGGACUCUGUGGAUUUAGACAUAUACCAAAGCUCCCACAUGGUCGACUAUCAGCCCUAUGGGAAGCACAAAUACUCCAGGGUCACGCCGCAAGAGCAGGCAAAGCUCGAUGCUCAACUCCGGGACAAAGAGUUUUAUAGGCCCAUCCCCAACCCCAACCCCAAGCUUACGGAUGGAUACCCUGCCUUCAAAAGACCCCACAUGACUGCCAGAGACCUAGGGCUCCCCGGCUUCUUCCCAUCACAGGACCAUGAGACCACAAAGGAGAACAAGUAUAAGUUCACCGGCACCUGCCAUUUUGCGUAUCCAGCUUCCCAUGAUCUGAACCUGGCUCAGAGUGACCCCAACCAGGUCUUCCGGAGUGCUGACUUUCCUUGCCUUCUGGAUCCCAAACACCAGCCUGCUGCAGAGAUGGGCAAAGGCUACCUGCUACUGCCAGCGUGUCCCUGUCCUCAUCACCAUAUAGGCAAGGUCCCCAUCUUGAACCGGUGGGGACCCUUGAUGCCAUUUUACCAGUAGGAAGGAUGAAAAUACCUUCCAAGGGCUCUUCCAAGGGCAUGUGGAAAUCCUAUGCCCUUGGAGUACAGAGAAGAGAACUGAAAAUAAAACUGGAAAGAUGUUCCGACUUCA